GACUGCCGACAGAGAGCGACCUCGGGGUUAAGGGGUGGGGCUCAACGUCAGAAGCCAAGAUGGCGGCUGUGGCCAGAGUGUCCUUGAGACCCCGGUUCGCGGCCACGGCCCUUGGCGGAGCCUGCCUGCAGGAAACGACAGCCUUCUGAUCUGCAUUCUGAGUGGGAAUGUUUAGAAGAGGACAGGGCAUCGCCAUUGCAUGUGCCUGCCGAGGGGCCCAGACAGCCGCAGCCACAGCUCCCCGCAUCAAGAAGUUCGCCAUCUACCGAUGGGACCCGGACAAGACUGGAGAUAAGCCUCGUAUGCAGACUUACGAGAUCGAUUUGAACAAAUGUGGUCCUAUGGUGCUGGAUGCUUUAAUCAAGAUUAAGAAUGAAAUUGACUCCACCUUGACCUUCCGAAGAUCGUGCAGAGAAGGUAUCUGCGGCUCCUGUGCGAUGAACAUUAAUGGGGGCAACACUCUAGCCUGCACCCGAAGGAUCGACACCGACCUCAACAAAGUCUCCAAAAUCUACCCUCUGCCACAUAUGUAUGUGAUAAAGGAUCUUGUUCCUGACCUGAGCAACUUCUACGCCCAGUACAAGUCCAUCGAGCCCUACCUGAAGAAGAAGGACGAGUCCCAGGGAGGCAAGCAGCAGUACCUGCAGUCCAUAGAGGAUCGGGAGAAACUGGACGGGCUGUACGAGUGCAUCCUCUGUGCCUGCUGCAGCACCAGCUGCCCCAGCUACUGGUGGAAUGCGGACAAAUACUUGGGGCCUGCGGUCCUGAUGCAGGCCUACCGCUGGAUGAUCGACUCCAGAGACGACUUCACGGAGGAGCGCCUGGCCAAGCUGCAGGACCCCUUCUCCCUGUACCGCUGCCACACCAUCAUGAACUGCACGAGGACCUGCCCCAAGGGGCUGAAUCCAGGGAAAGCUAUUGCUGAAAUCAAGAAAAUGAUGGCAACCUACAAGGAAAAGAAAGCUUCAGCUUAACUGUUCUGAUGCUGAGCAUGACUUGUAUCCAGCUCAGCUGAACAGAAUUUAUAUCUGAUUUGAGUUCCUUCAAGGUCUUGAUUUUCCAUGACUACAGCAUGUAUAAUAAAAAUUUAAAAAAUAAUAAAUGUUAUUUUACUUUAUUAACAAAAAA